GUCACACGAGGUAUGUCGGUCUUCUAAGUGCAAUUUCCCGUUUUCGCGACGUUGUGAGUACUGUCUUGUGUGUGGUGCAUUGACUUCAUCAUGCCGAACAAGUGUUGUGUCCCUCAGUGCCGUGGAAAUUACGACUCGACGUGCAAAGUGCGCGUUUUCAGAUUUCCUCAAGACGACCAGCUGCGCAGAAAAUGGCUGCGCGCAAUUCCACGAGACAGCUUCAUUCCUUCGCAGUACUCCCGGGUGUGCGAGCUGCACUUCGCGCCCGAAGACAUAACACAAGAGGCUUCGUACAUUGACGAAGAAACUGGACGCACGGUGACUGCACCAUUGCUCAGUCCGCGCAUUCUGCCAGGUGUAAUUCCAUCCAAAUUUCCGAGUUGCUCGGCUUACCUUUCUAAAGAGUGCGCAAGAAGAGAAAGCCCCGACUCCAAGCGAAAACGGCUGGAAGCGGCACCAGGCAGCACUUGCGGAAUCAGCGGAAACAUCUCGCCGUGACCAAGAGGCAGACACAGUGCAGUGCAAUUCAGACAUAGCGUCCCACAUCAGAAGCAGAAAGUCAACUUUCUGGCACUGCAUUGAGAGCGGCGAGCGUCUUCUGCUCUUCCACAUCGUCGAAGACGAAGCGCCUUCCAUCAAAUACUCGCUUGUAGUAAAAGCUGACUUGACGACAACAUUCCACUUCAUGAAGAGGCCGACAGAUAAGUUGGGGCGCAAUUUGUGCGUUCCCCCUACUGCAAGCAGCAAGAGGGUUGUAACGGAAUUCCUUGACAGUGUUGAGGCAUGGGACACAAACGUGGCGUAUUCGCCUACGAAGAGACAUACCGACGAGAUUGUUGAAGCCAUUUCGUUUCUGCUGAGUAAGCUGUCAACACCGACGCAAGAGGACAACGGCCAUGCAAUACAAUUCCUGACGGAACAGCUGAAGCUGCUUUCUAAGAAUAAGGUGCGAAGGCGUUACUCAACCGAAUUCAUGGUGUUUUGUUGCCUUCUGUUUACGAUAUCGCCCCAUGCGUACAAAUUUAUGCGCAGUUAUGGCACUAUCACAAUGCCACAGCCAAUGACUAUCAGGUCUAUAUGUUCCUCACACGGAAUGAAUCCGCAGUUAGAAAAUGAAGGUUC